UGCUCCCUGGCCUGCAGAGGCAGAAGAAAGCAGACGGUUGGCCCCAGCAUCCAGCUCUGGGAAGCUGGGUUUGUCUCCCAGACUCUACCUUGGAAGAAAACAAUGGAAGAGAAAGGGGUAAGAAACUUCAAGGAACUUCGAGCCAAAUUUCAAAAUCUUGAUGCUCCACCUCUUCCAGGACCUAUUAAAUUCCCAGCAGGUAUUUCUCAAAAGGGUGACAUUGGAAGCCCACAGUCAACCCAAAUUCCAGCCAACGGGAAACCCCUCUCAUGCAACCACAAGCAGCCCCCACCGUGUUGUUCCAGAGGCGAGUCCCAGCUUCUUACACCCCAGAAAAUGAAGUUGGCCCAAAGGAGUGGAAUUCAGAAAUGUUCUAAUUCCCCAGGGUCUCUGGGAAAGUCUGCUGUGUGUUCUGCAGUAAAUUCACAGAAGGCUUCUCUGUUGUUAGAUACGAAUCAAUCAAAUGCUGCGAUAACCAAUAAGGAGAAAGCAAUGGUGGCCAGUAGCUUCAGAAAAAAGCUCUGGAACUGGGAGAAGGUUUCAUCUCAGAAAAGUGAAAUGUCAUCGACCCUUCUCCUUGCCAGUUGUGAAAGUGAGGCCCUCCGGGUGGAAAGGCAAAAAGGCAUGGGACUUACUCCAGAGGAGUCGAGGAAAAAGACUGAAACAAAGGGAGCCCAGACCCUUCCUUCCCAGAGGCACUUGAUGGCCCAAAGAAAAUCACUUGCUGCCGCUGAAGAUCGCUCUUCUCUACUUUCUCAACAUGGCGGGAAGAGGCAGAAAAAACCCAGUCCUGAGAGGAGCCUGGCAGGCAGCGUGUGUCAGCCUAUCUAUGAGUGUGAGCUUGCCCCCCAGGCCCCAGAAAAACAGCCAAAUGUCAGGCAUCACCACCUUCCCAAAACGAAGCCACUGCCUUCUAUCGAGUCGCUGGGUCCUCCUCCUCCAAAGCCUUCAAAACCCCCUGUCGUGAGUCUCCAGGCCUUCCAGAGGCAGCCAGCUGCUGUUCCCCAGACCCAAAGGGAAGUGGCUGUGGAAGAGGGCCACCUGCCUCCAGAGAGUGCUGAAUUUGAAGAACCACAUAAUUAUGAAGCAACAAUUUCAUAUAUGAGACACUCUGGCAACUCCAUUAACCUGUGCACUGCAGAAGAAAUUGCUGAUUCAACUUACGAAGUUGGAAUUGAAGAACUCCAAAAGCCUUGGAAGAGUUUUUUCCAUCAAGAACUUAGCCCGAAACAUGAAGAUGAAGAUAAAAAAAUGAAGGAUAAAGAGCACUGUGAAUUGGAACCUCUGAAAACAGAAAAGGAUCCACAUUCAAAUCGUCCUUUCAAGGUAGAUGCCUAUGAGGGGACACCUGGAAAGAUCCAGAUGACCAACGUCCACGGAGGUGGAAGGAGCAUGCUGGCUGGGAAGCAGGAUGCUGCAACUGACAUUACCUGGACAGAGGCCUCCCCUGAGGGCCCGAAGCUGGCCAGGCACUACCAAGGCCAUGGUGAGUAUGUGAAGGCUUUGCAGGUAACUAAAGAAACCCCAGACCCAGAAGCCUUUAAGUCAAGUUCCAUCUCAGAGGAGACAUAUGAUGAUGUUGAGUACCCCAGGAGAGAGACACCAAAGUCAGACUUCUCUAACUCAUUUGCCUCAGACAGUGAAGAAAAUAGUGAAGAAAUGUAUGAAGAUGUCUACAAAACAAAGAGUAACUACUCAAAGAUAGAUUUAGAUGGAAAAGAAGCACUGAAAAGACUGCAGAAAUUCUUCAAGAAAGAAAGGAAUAGAUUUAAAAUGAAGAAAACCAAAUCAAAAGAAAAUUAUAACAAAGAGAUUAUUGUCAUCAACACAGCAGUGGUAUGUUCCAGUAAUUCAAGAAAUGGAAUAUUUGAUUUGUCAAUAAUCCCUGGAGAAGAACUGGAAGUCAUUGAUACCACUGAACAAAAUCUAGUGAUAUGUCGUAAUUCUAAAGGCAAAUAUGGAUAUGUGCUAAUUGAAAAUCUACAUUUCAAGCCCCAAAGUUGGUCACCUUAGGAGGAUCAAGAUCAAAUGGUAUGGGCUGCACAAGAGAAAACUAGUCCAAAAUCUUAGUUCACAUGUCACAAUGAGAUGGUGGAAUCUGUGGAAACUUUCAUUCAGAAGAGAAAAAUCAAAACAAAUUCUCAACAUUAGAUGUUGGUUUCACUCCUAAAAGGUUAUCUUUCAAUGUCUAUUUCAGCAUCUGUCUCACUGCCAGCUUAAGAGAAUGUGAAACUGUGUGUGUUAGCAUUUGAGCACUUGCUUAAUGAGCCAUAUCCAAAGUUAGAAAUCAUGCCUUAUGGCACCUAGUCAGUUGUGCAGAUGGUUAGUUUGCUUCUAAUAUUAGUACAUGAGAGUUUAUAAUUUCUAGAUGUUGUGCAUUAAAAUUUGGUAUAAUUUAAUUCUGAACAGUAAAUAGUAUAACCAAGGUCUUUUAAAUACUCAAAUUUAAGGUACAGUCUUAAAAUAAUUGUGACUCAGACUUUAAAAAAAUCAACGUAAAGUGUCCUUUUGCUUUAUCACAAAAAUAAAAUCACAUG